AACAUCAAACAGAGCUCACAGCUUCAAGCAGUAGCACAACUAUCCGCUAAAGAAAUCAACAAAAAACCCAAGCCAUCAACAUGAAAUACUUCGCUGUCUGCUUCUUCGCUGUUGUGGCCGUGGCUGCUGCCAAGCCUGGCAUCCUGGCUGCCGCUCCUCUGGCCUACACCGCUCCGGCUGUGGUGGGAAGCGCCGCCUAUGUGGCACCUUAUGCUUCCAGUUUCACCGCCCACUCGGUUGCCCAUAGCGCCGCCUUUCCUGCUGCGUACACUGCUGCCUACACCGCUCCGUUUGCCUCCCCCUAUGCCGCCGCCUACACUGCUCCGUUUGCCUCCCCCUACACCGCCGCAUACACAGCACCAGUUGCCCGCUACGCCGCCUACACCUCGCCCAUUGCUGCCCCAGUGGCCGCUGCAUACACCACGCCCAUCGCUGCCGCCGCACCCGUGCUGCUGAAGAAGUAACGCAUCCCAUCCCAUUCCGUUCCGUUCCAUCCCAUUCCUUGUGACCAAUCUGUGUAAAUAAAGAAUUGUAUACUA